ACUUCGCUCCCGGACUUCACAAUCCGACCCCCUCCUUUGCCUCAUUAACGUCACUAGGAGUCCAUUCCGGACCCUUCCUGACAAAUAGCAAACCGGGCCCCGCCCGUCUGUGGUCAUGAAUAUCGAUGGGGACUGGGACCGGCAAAGUCUCGAAAGAGGAACGGUCUGAAUAUAUAGGAGACAUGGGCCCAGGAGGACAGAGCUUGGCGGUCUUUCCCCGCCAUCACCUUCACCUUCAUCUUGACCCUCAACUUCACCUAGCAGCUACUUGUGUUGACAUCUCCACGGAUUACGCAUACUCAGACCGUUCUAUAGCAGGCCGACAACGAUGAAGGUCGCCAUCGUCCAUCCCGACACCUCGGUCGUCGUAACCGAUUGCCCCGUCCCCAUCCCGGGACCAGACCAAGUCCUCAUCAAGGUCGCCGUGGCUGGCACGAACCCCAAAGACUGGAAACUGCCGUGGUGGCAGAACAAGCCGGACAACUCGGGCGACGACGUGGCGGGCACCGUCGAGUCGGUGGGUGACGGCGUGGUCGGUUUCGCCCAGGGCGACCGCGUGGCCGCUUUCCACGUCAUGCUCACCCCCGCCGGUGCGUUUGCGGAGUACGCCCUCGCCCCGUCGCACACCGUCAUGCACAUGCCCGCGUCCGUUUCCUUCGAGGAGGCCGCUACGUUACCGUUGGCCGCGUACACGGCUGCCGUUGCGCUUUUCCACCAACUCGAGUUCCCUUCGCCCUGGGACGCGGCCUCGGCGGCGCGGGAUGAUGACGGGACGCCGGGAAGACCGCUCGUCGUCUACGGCGCGUCGACCGCGAUUGGCGCGUACGCGAUCAAACUCGCCCUGAGGGCGAACAUCCACCCCGUCAUCGCCGUGGGGAGCAAGAACAGCGCGUUCGUCGCGUCGAUGCUGGAGGCGGCCCGCGGGGACGUCCUGGUCGAUUAUACCGCGCACGCGACGCCGGAGUCUCUUGUCGAGGCGAUACGUGCGGCUGCGGGGCCCGACGGUGCCAGGGAUGUCUUCGACGCGGUGUCGGAGCAAGGGACCUUCGUUACGCUGAGUCGUGCUAUUGCCGGCCCGCCGGACGAUAGGGGAAGGAAACCGCGCGUGACGGUCGUUUUGCCGGGGAGUGAUUACUCGGCGGCGGACCCGAGCGUGGAUGUGGUCGUUACCAGCGUUGGGCUCGUGCAUAAGCCGGAGGAGAAGGAGCGGUUGUUCGGCGCCGUGUGGGGGCGUGUCUUUGAGAGGGGGCUGCAGGCUGGUUGGCUUGAGCCGCAUCCCCAUGAGGUUGCCCCUGGGGGGUUGAACGGGCUGGAGGGGGCUUUGAAGGCGUUGAGGGAGGGGAAGGUGCGUGGGAAGAAGAUGGUUGUUCGGAUUGGCGAGACGGAGGGGGUUGGACAGUAGAGGAAGUAUUUAGGACGGCAUUACGAAUCGUAAACAGUACAAGCGACUGAGGACGAAGCCAUAGGGGAAGUACAUCAUCACAUGUCUCAUCUCAUAUUACGUCUUGCAGACGCUACUUUAGGUAAGGUACAUGUACCUUAUACCUAGUAUAUACACAUGUCCCAUUCACCCCGAGGGAGAAAAACAUCAUUGUACACC